AGCUGUCAAUUGAGAAGCAACAGAAAGAAACCGGUGGACCUGACGUUUUCGAAGGCUCUGGAAACGAUCAUAUCUUCAGGGAGGCUAUAAAUUCAGCUUCGUUUCGAAUUCUCUCUCCCAUCUUCGUCUCUGUCACUCUGUAUAUCGGUAUCUUUCUCUCUCUCUCUCUCUCUCACGUACACACACGCACAUAGUUUCUAAAGGCGAGCCGGAGCUCCGGAUUGUCAAGCGGAUCCCGCCGUUUGUUAUCGGAUUCGGAUCGGCGACUGCACCGCUUGUCGUUCCCGAUUGAAAGUUCGUUAUUCUUUAAGAAAUUCAUAUAAUUAGUAGCCUGUUUUGAUCUGAAUGGCUUUAAUUUUGCGUUAAUUGUUCACAUCGUAGGUAAUUUGGUGCUGCAGUUUUUUAAUUCUGUGUGUUUGUGUUUGUGUGCUUAAGCGUUAGGCUUGUUUGAUAUGUUAUGGUGUUAAUGCUGAGCUUUUGAUUUCGCAGUAACGUAUUUUCAAUGAAUUGUGUUUAUGCUUCAUUUUUCUGUUGCUGUAUUGUUCAUCAUGCAUUGCGUGGAUGGAUUUGAUUUGGUGAAUGGUUUUAUGUUCCAUUUUGUGCUGUUUGAAUUUGUGUUGUUGGUUUUGUGAUGAUUUUUUACUGGUUGACUGUGACGAAUAUGGUUGUUGCUGCCGCUGAUGAUGAUGACGAUAAUCGAUAUGUUUGGUUUAGCUAAUUUUUGAAAGAAAUGUGAUGGCUGCUUUGGUUACUUCUUCUGGUAGAUAAUCUUUUCCGUGCAUGAAAUUUAUGUCCAGGAUGAGAUGCUAUGUGAGACCAUUGGUUUUCCUUUGGAAAGAAGCCAUGUCUAACUUUUUGUUUGUAAUUUCUACAUUUCGUUUAUUUAUGGAUUCAUCAUUAGUAUUACAGAGGGAGAGGAGGAAAAUAGAAAAUGGGUAGCUGUGGAACAUGAUGCAUUUGUUUUGUAUCAUAGGUGAUUCUACUCAACAGGGUCUUUUUUGUUUCUUUUUACUGACGGUGAACUUUUUUGGAUUGAGAAACUAGAAACAAAAUUAGGGCGGUGAAAUCUCUCUAUUAUUUGCCACUUGAUUUCAGCCAACUGUUGAAUAAUGACAUUCCCAAAUGGAUACGUGAUGUGACUGGGUUAUAGUAGGUCUUUUUUUAUUUGGACGAGGAUUUAUAGUAAUUGGAUAGCAAAUAGAGUUCAUGCUUGUGGGGUGAAAUGAAUGGCAAUUUGGUCCUUUGUUGUGGUUGUUCUAUAUAAGCUUCUGAAAUAGGCGUGUGAAGUUGUGAGUAUUGUCAGCCAUCAUCCCCUCUUUAUGGCCCGUGCAUCCCGUUUGGUGUACCUCAGCCUCUUGUUUCUGAAGCAGCUCUUGUUCAUCCAGGAAACACCAAGGUUAAUGUUGUUGGGCCUUCCUCCGGACCUUGGUUUCAGUUUCUGUUACUGAGGACGGGAAAACAUUACAGCUUGUGUUGAGUCUACGGCUUGGUUGCAGCUUGAGGCUUGUGGAUAUUUGUUAAAAUUUAAGGAGACUGCUUUAGCAAAUUACAUAAGAUAAUUAUCUUUGUUUUUAAUUGGGUUGCAUUGAAAGAUAGGGCAGCAUACUCUCUUGUAUCUGUACCAGAGGUGAAAUUUCCAACUCCAGAGUGUAUAUGCUGGUUUAUCAGGGUUCUGAUUGAGGGGUUUGAACAUCUUACCGGUAAAAAUGGUUCUUCAAAUCUCCAUCCAAAGAUAUCAGCGUAUAUUUCUAGUUUGAUCUUGUGGUCUCCUCUUUCUUGGCGCCUAUAUCCGUGUACUACCCCCAUUGUGAAUAUUCCGUACUGAAACCCUGCGUUGUCUCAUCUGCCCCCUUGUGCUAAUCUGAGCAUUUGUCUGCUCUUGAUUAUGAGUUUCAAAGCUUCAUUUCAUCCCUAAACAUGUUAUUAAAACCCAUCAAGUUGUAAGUAGGUUUGUAGAGACAUGAAUGACAAGAAUGGUGCUCCACUUAUCUGGUUAGGGACUUAGCCUUGCAUGGGUGCCGUGGUCCUUGAAGGAGAGUUAAUUUUCUCUAAAGGAAAUCAAGAGAUGAAAGUUGUGAUUCUUUUUGUGGUUCAUAACUCAACUACUUAGAUGAUGAGAGAACUCCACAAGUUUCAAGCAGUGACACUCAAAGUCUGACGGUAUAGAGUUUUUAAGAUUUUGCCGAUUGGGUAAGUUCAGUACUCGAAGCAGACAUGGUGGAUACUUUCCAUUUAAGGUUGGGGUGUCAAUUCGUCGUGCCCAGUAUAGUUGGAUUUGGUUCUGGGACUUCUUCAAGGAAUCAAGUGAUGCAAUGUUAUUGCUUACUUUCAACAGAUGGAAGCUCUGGAGUUCCCCAGCGCUGCAUUGUAGUUAUUGUUUGGGAUUCUUAUAGAUCUACUUGUUUUGAUGAAUCCUCCUCUUGGAGAAAUGCUGAUUGGAGCUGUUCAACCUUGCUUGGAUUUUGUUGUUGCUGAUUUCAAAUGUCUGCAGCAUUAUAGAAGAAAGCAGAGUUUCAUGGGGUGUUUGCCUGGCUUGAUCGGGUGACUAAUAUGCCCCUGAGGAUUAACCAUUGUUGCUAAAUAUUUUUGUACAUGCAGGUGCUUUAGGCCUUCUGCAAGCUUCUAAAUAUUAUCAUAUCAAUUUGGAGAUAAGCAGCAUAGAAUGGUUAGACUGAACAAAAUGGAGGAUGCCCAUUUGAAUCUAUCGUGCAUGCUCACUGUAGAUUCAAAAGUAGAAUCAAGGGAUACUGGAAAGGCCACUGAAUUGUUGGAGAGAGGACACAUGGAGUAUGGAUGUCCACACUACAGGCGAAGGUGCCGCAUUAGAGCUCCUUGCUGCAAUGAGAUUUUUGAUUGUCGCCAUUGUCAUAAUGAAGCAAAGAACAAUAUUAAUGUCGAUCAGAAGCAUAGGCAUGACAUACCACGGCAUCAAGUCAAAGAGGUGAUAUGUUCACUUUGCGGCGCUGAGCAAGAGGUUGGACAAGUUUGUGUUAACUGUGGUGUAUGCAUGGGGAAAUAUUUCUGUGGGACUUGCAAGCUAUUCGAUGAUGAUACAUCUAAGAGACAGUACCACUGCAAUGGAUGUGGAAUUUGCAGAAUCGGAGGGCGUGAGAAUUUCUUCCACUGCUACAAGUGUGGCUGCUGCUACUCAAUUAUGUUGAAAAACAGCCACCCUUGUGUGGAGGGAGCAAUGCAUCAUGACUGCCCUGUUUGCUUUGAGUUCUUAUUUGAAUCAACAAAUGAUGUUACGGUGAUGCUGUGUGGACACACUAUUCACAAGGAUUGCUUAAAAGAGAUGAGGGAGCAUUAUCAAUAUGCAUGCCCUCUUUGCUCCAAAUCAGUUUGUGAUAUGUCCAAGGUAUGGGAGAAAUAUGACAUGGAGAUUGCAGCUACACCAAUGCCUGAACCAUAUAAAAACAAAUUGGUCUGGAUCCUCUGCAACGACUGCGGGAAAAGCUCACAAGUGCAGUACCAUGUUGUGGCCCAGAAAUGCCUGAACUGUAAAUCCUACAACACUCGCCAAACGAGAGGCUGAGCUAGUUGGCUAUGGUUGCAUCAGAAUUGAUUUUGGCUUUGGCUAUUAUUGUGCAGCUACGUGUGUCACAAGACUCGCAACAAAGGGCUCCGUACACUCUUUUGACCACCUGGCUGUAUCAGUGACACAGGGAAUUGUGGUCCUGCGAUUGUCUUCUGUUGGGAACCUGUGGCUGAAUGCACCGUUGCGAUUCGCUUUUUGUUUCUGUGUUUCUUUUCCUCGUCUAUUUAUUUAUUUACUUUUGUAUGUAUGGUUUCCCCUUGUAAUUAAGCCAAGAGUAGCCAUGAUGAUUUCUCGAUUCAUCAUCUGGAUGGAUGAUCUCUUGUUUUCCUCUGUAAUCCUCUCUCUUUUGAUUCUCGAUUGCGUUUGGUUAUUUGAACAGUAUCCGCCACUCCGGCAAAGGCAUUCAAAUGAUAUCCACUCCUGCGAAGGAACCGGACCUCAGCUUCGGUUCACCUGUUUCUGCGUGGAUGGAGGAGUGGGUAUUUAAGAACGUUGACAUGUUUUGAGUCAAAGUGGAGGGAGUUGAUUUGGAAGAGGCACGAGUUGAUGUGGGAAAAGACAAUCGUACCCUUUUUUAGGCGCAGUUUUUUGCGUUCAACUCCUACGUCUGGGUCAUUGACCAUGGUUUUCCUAUAAACUCAUGUGAUUCGUGUAGUGGUUAUACGAUUUGGAAAUUGAUGAGGGCGUUGGCCUGCAGGUUUUCCCCACUAUGAAGAAGAUGAUUGUUGUUUGAAUUAGGGAAAAUGAAGAGACAAGAAAAGAGGUGCCUGACAGUACAGCAUUUUCAGUGAGAUUCUGAUUAACA